CGAUGCGGACCAAAUAUUUAUAUAUAAAUCUUGAGUACAGAAGCUGCAGAAAACAGAGAGUAUAUUUAACCUGUUGAGCUCCCUCAGUUUCAGAAGGAAAACAAGAUCAUCAGAAAGCAGCACAUCCAAGCAUUAUUGCAAGAAUGGGAAGCAAUGAAGGAUAUGGAGCAGAGAGGUAUGCGGUGGUUUCAGGAGCAAACAAGGGCAUUGGAUAUGAGGUGGUGAGGCAGCUUGCUGCAUGUCAAGGGGUGGUGGUGGUUUUAACGGCUAGAGAUGAGAAAAAGGGAAGGGAUGCCACGUCACAGCUCCAUCACUUGGGUUUCUCAAAUGUGCUCUUCCAUCAGCUUGAUGUUUUGGACCCUUUGAGCAUCCAGUCUUUAGCCAACUUCAUAGACAACAGAUUUGGCAGGCUUGAUAUCCUGGUUAAUAAUGCUGGAGCCAGUGGAGCAGUGGUUGAUGAGGAAGCUUUAAAAUCCCUAAACAUUGAUCCCACAACUUGGCUUUCAGGCAAAGCGGUCAACAAAAUUCAAGGUGCAGUAAAAUUCACUUAUGAGAAGGCUGAAGAAUGCUUGAACACAAAUUACUAUGGUCCUAAAAGACUAACUGAGGCUCUUCUCCCACUCUUGCAACUGUCCCCUCAGGGAGGAAGGAUUGUGAACGUCUCCUCUCUAAGAAGUGAACUGAAGAGGAUACCAAGUGAAGAAAUAAGAAAUGAGCUUGGGGAUGUGGAAACCUUGACAGAGGAGAAAGUAGAUGCACUUUUGAGAAAGUUUCUGGUUGAUUUUAAACAAAAUGCACUUGAAGCCAAUGGAUGCACACUGAUGCUGCCUGCAUACAGCAUGUCCAAGGCCACCCUCAAUGCCUACACAAGAAUCCUUGCCAAAAAGUAUCCAAAGAUGUAUAUCAACUGUGUGCAUCCAGGCUUUGUUAAUACAGAUAUCAAUUGGCAUACAGGAACAAUGACUGUGGAAGAAGGGGCUGCAGGUCCAGUCAAGUUGGCUCUUCUACCAAAUGGAGGCCCUACAGGCUGCUAUUUUGAUCAAACUGAAGUUGCAGACUUUUAAUUCAUAUAUAUGUUAUAAGUUAUGCAUUUCCACCUGGGUGUUAAGUAAUAACUAUGUGAAGUUAUUUUGAUAAAUUUGAAAUAUUAAGUGCUUGUGGGAGUUAGAAUGAUUCUAUUUUCUUUUUGUGGCCAUCAAGACUUGCAACAAGGUUGAGAAUUCUGACUCA